UUAUAGAUGCUGUUCCUUCUGUGGAAGAGUUCUUGAUGAAGACAACUUUUCAAGUGAGCCCACUUUUGUUAAGAAUGCUGCUGGACAGAUUCAAUCCUAUCUAGUUUGGGAGGUGUGCUCAAUCUGGCUUUAUGCCAUUGUUAUUAAUUGUUAAAAGGGAUUUCUCAAGGUGCAGUGGGAGCAGCACUAAGAAAGUUAAGAAAAUUUCAUUUUAAAAUAUGAGGAACAUGUGAUUGCUGAUAACCUAUUUUUUUUUUAUAAGUAUGUCAUUGCUAAAAACUUGCUGGGUUGUUAUCGUCAGAUGCCUAGCAUAUCUAAAGGUGUGACCUAGCGGUCAAUAAGUGGGUCAAAACCAUGGGAGACUAAGGUCCAAAUCCCAACAAAGACAAACUACCUUAGAUGAUUUCUUCCCAUCUGCCUAAGCCUUGGUGGCCAAAGUUAUUCGGUACUUGUGCGGGUCGGAGGUAACAUGCGCCCGGUGAAAUAGUCGAGAGCCAAUUGUCAGGAAACUUUGUGAGGACUGUCAAAAGUGAUUAUUCAGCUUCACGUGAAAGAACACUUAAUGAAGCAUAUAAUGAUAUAGAGAGCAUGGCUUAUGCAUUAGGAAUUGAUGGUGGUGAUUCAAUUGCUCGUCCAGCUUUGGCCUUCUAUACGAUAGCAGUUGAGAGGAAUUUCACAAGGGGGCGUAGGAAAGAGCAAGUUGAGGCUGCGUGUCUUUACAUUGCAUGCAGGGAGAACAAAAAGCCAUUCCUACUCAUUGACUUUUCUGAGUACUUGAGGAUAAAUGUGUAUAUUUUAGGUGCUGUGUUCUUACAGCUUUGCAAACUUCUAAGCCUUGAAAAUCACCCAAUUGUUCAAAAACCUGUGGAUCCUAGCCUUUUCAUUCAUCGAUUCACUGAUCGUUUAUUUGGGGGAAGGAAGCCAAAUAUUUCUAGAACCGCACUUCACAUUGUGGCUAGCAUGAAGCGAGAUUGGAUGCAGACAGGGAGAAAGCCAAGUGGGGUAUGUGGAGCUGCACUGUACAUCUCUGCUCUUUCAUACGGACUGAGUUGUUCUAAAUCAGAAAUUAUCAAAGUCGUGCGCAUUUGUGAAGCAACAUUGACAAAGCGUUUGAUUGAAUUCGAAAACACAGAAUCUGGAAGCUUAACGAUUGAUGAGUUCAAUACAAGAGCUGAGGAGCUUGAGAAAGAAGAGAGGCUGUCCGUGCAACUUUAUUCGGGGUCGAAAGGAUCUGGGAUCACAGAAGUGCUAUGUGAACACAAGAAAAGCGUUGAGCUUCCCUUUGCCCAUGGUCUUUGUGAAAGUUGUUAUACUGAUUUUGUAAAACUUUCAGGUGGGCUUGAUGGAGGUUCUGAACCUCCAGCCUUCCAACGCGCUGAGAGGGAAAGAUUAAUGGCAAAAGAAGCUGCUGAAGAAAAUGCUGAGGAUCCAAAUAUUCCCAUGUCCAAUCAGGUGGAGAACAAUGGUGGCGAGUAUCUGGAGGCUGAAAAGGGAGGGAACACCCUGAGUGUGAAUGGAAGUAAAUAUUUGCAGAUAUCAGGGUCUGAGAUAAUAGGGGCACUAUCAGGCGCUAAAACUGAUGAUAAUGCGACUCCUGAUACAUUACAUGGCUUGGAUGGUAUGGGUCCUGAUGAUCAUGACGAAUCAGAGAAUUUUUCCGAUAUCGAUGAUGCAGAGGUUGAUGGUUAUCUUCACAAUGAGGAGGAGAGGCGUUUUAAGGAGAUCAUUUGGGUAAAGAUGAACCGAGAAUAUCUUGAGGAACAAGCAGCUAAGCAAGCGGCUGAAUUAGCAGCAAAGAACGAUAAGGAGUUCAAUUUAGCUAACUGUUCGGAGGAUGUGCAAGCUGCACAGGAGCUUGCUGCUGCUGCUGCUGCUGCUGUUGCAAAAUCAAGAAAGGAAAAACAACAGAAAAGGGCUGCAGAACUGAAAAAUUCUGGUCCUGCUCAAACUGCUGCAGAAGCAACGAAGCAAAUGUUAACUAGAAAGAGGCUGAGCUCUAAGAUCAACUAUGAUGUGCUAGAGAAGCUUUUUGAUGAGUCUGCAAAACUUGAGAACACAAAGAAAAGUCGAAAUGUGGAUGAUAACAUGGUAAAGAGCAGCAAAAUUGAUCCGGAAGUAGAUGACACUUACGAAGAAGCAUUUGGCGAGGAUGUGCAAUAUGAUGAGGAUGUUGGAGGAUAUGACUACGAUCAACGCGAUGAUGAUGAUGAAUAUUGAAUUAGUCUGCAUUCCAUAAGGCUGGUUUACCUAUAGAAAUGGAGGAUAUAAGCUAUCAGAUACCACAUUUUUCUUCAAUUGUAUAUUAUGAUAGCUAAUUGCAUUUCAAGCUAUUUUGUUUUAGUUAUCAUUGAUUAUUUUAUUUCCUGGGAACACUUCCCAUCACUAGAAUGUUUAAAGUGUGUGUCAGUUUUACUAAUAGAUCUACGCUCGACUAGCGGAAAUAGAUUGGAAUUGUUUUUAUAUAAUUUAAACAAGAAAAUUAGGACCCUCUUUGUAUA